AUGCAUUCAUCGCUGCCUGUGACACCGGAGAACUGUUCCUCGAAACGUGCCACAGUAGUCGGCGGCGUCGGUGUUCUCGUCAACACGAGUUUGCCCAUGAGCAUUAAUUCAUUCGAACAACUAGCAACUCGAAUCGGACGCUUACGAUUAAAGAGAUGUGGAUCAAUACUGGCUUCGAGAAUCCUCGUAGUCUACGCAUCGACAUCAAGCUAUGAAGAUGAAGAAGCCAAAGCGUUCUAUAUGGACUUGGAGAAGUUCUACGGAGAAGACCAUGCAUUCUGUGCUGUGCUCAUCACCAUUGAAGACUUCAACUCUAAAAUUGGUCACAAAAAACGCCUGGGUAACGUCACACUGGAGCCUACGGGUUCCCAGGAAACGAACAGGGUGAGCGGCUGUCUGAGUUUAUCACGGCGACCAAGAUAA